GCAGUUCGGUUGAUGCAAAAAUAACAAUACUGGGUGAUCAAUUCAACGUAAUUAACCACCAAAUGACGUGCAAAGCGCAUUUGAUUAGUAGGUCGCUGUAAUACCGACAUUAAAAAUCGUUUCGUUUAUUUAUGUACAAAUUGCUAUUUUUGCACGUUUGUGGACUUUUCUAUCAAAGAAUGUCGUUAUACCUUUUAUAGAUUGACAAUUUAAGUUGCAAUGGCCACACAAACCCCUAAAGUGAAAAGUGUGCCGCCUCAACCCAACCAAGAGGCGACCAGCGGCACCGUCAAACCCCAGUUUUUGUUACUUUUGCCCCCCAAUUUGAAUAUUGGUAAUAAUCUGCUGCUGUUGUCUCAGCCCCCAAAGCCGGCUUCAAACACACCAAAACCCUAUUUCCAAUCAGUAAAAGGCUACGUUUCAGAACCGUAUAAAAAAGCUGACCAUGUAUGCCGGACGUGCUGCCGGGCUAUCUUCAAUCAACACUUCAUCAAACUGUACGACGACAACAACAAAGACAACUGUGAGAGGUUGCGACGAAUGCUAAAAGAAGUAAGCCCUUUUGUAGACCUGGAAAUUUAUUUAAACCCCGUUAUGUGCACAAAGUGUGUGCAGAUGUUGUUUGAUAGUUUCGAAUUCAAAACAAAAUGUCUAGAUGCUGAGCAGAGAUUUAAUGGGUGGGUGUCGCGGAGACAAGACGUGAAAAGUAACGAAGUAAACUUGCUUAUUAAAGUCGACACGUCGACUGAUGGUGACGAAAUAGAACAAACGAAACGUGCAGACAUCAGUGUCGUGAAAAAAGAACUCCAGAGUGAUAGAGAAAUGAGUGUAAAUUUCGUUGCUUUGGAUCAUGACUACGUCGGGGUUGUCCCGAAGUUAGUCGUGGUCCCCAACGUUAAAAAAAAAUUCACGUAUAAGCCGCUACUUGGUACCAACACCAUCCUUAAGCCAAAAAAAGAAAAACCGGAGUUUUUGUGCGAGAAGUGUGGCCAACUGACGAAAAAUCACCACCCGUCGUUACACACGCAUUGUACAGAUGGCGCUGUAUACAAAUGCCGCCAUUGUGAUUAUAUGGUGCGCAGUCUCUCAGUUUUAGAAAAACAUCUAGAAACGCACGUUUUACACAACUGUGGACAAUGCAAUAAGAAUUUCAGUUCGUUGAAAAUUCUACGUUACCACAUUAAAACCGCUCAUUUACGAAAAGGAGUUUUUAUGUGUCACGUUUGUAGCAAAAGUUUUAAACAUCGUUACUCGUUGCAGAGGCACUUGGGGCACCAUAACCCCGACAAAGUAGACACAAUAGAAACGAUACAAUGCAAAAAGUGCCCCAAAACGUUCAAAUACCACAAAAACUAUACCAGACAUUUACGGCUCCACGACGGCCCGAUUUUCGCCUGUGGUUUCUGCGGGAAACUCACAGCUCGACAAGACUAUUUAAAAAAACAUAUCGAAACCGUACACACAAAUAAAACAGACACACGAAAAAAAAAUCAAAAAAUGUAUAACUGCGUCAUCUGUCGGUCGAAAUUUUCGAUUCUUUUUGAGUACAUCGAGCAUUUAAAAAAUCACGACGUGGAAAUGGCGAUAUGUGAGAUUUGCGGGAAAACGUUUAAAGAUAACAGGGUGCUGAAAAUGCAUCUGCAGUUGUACCACGAUGAUAAAGGCAUGUACAAGUGCGAGACGUGUGCAAGAGGGUUUUGGAAAGAAGAGUAUCUGUUACAACACAAGCUUAAAGUGCACCAGAGUGACCCCCCGGAAACUAUGAAACAGGAAAAGUUAGGUUUUGAAGAAGUGUUGAUUUGUGUUGAUAGGGAUAAAGAGAACGUUGUUGUUGAGAAAAUGGAGGUUUAAUUAAAUUAUUUUUACAAUU